UCACAAAUUUUUUUUGAUAGAGACACCUUCAGUAAUCACAUCAAACAUCAUUUCUAGAUUUGUUAUAAUCAAUUGCUACUUCCCUUCAUUUGAUAUUGACACUGGCUUUUUAUUAGAUCUUGAAGGUGGAUUGAUACGAUUUUUGGGAAGUACUGACCCCAUUCACAUCAGAUCAGCUUUGUAAGUAAUAAAUCUAUCUACAUACAGGAUGAAGAACACUGUGGCCAGUGCUAGUGCUAGUGCUACCGCCGUUGCAAAACAAAUUGUGUCCCUCUUACGCUCUAUGGCUAGAGCCAAAUCAGUGGCCAUCAAAAGCAAAACUGAUGCUAUAAGAGCUCGACUUGAAGUUUUCUCGCUGUUGAGAAACAAAAAGCUUUCUUUGGUUGCAUUCUUUCGCAAGAUCCAUUCAUUACUACCAGGAGGAGGACACCAAGAGAAGAUCAAAACUGACGAGGACUGGGCCACAAGCAACCUUCAAUUACAAUGUUGUUCGAGUUCAUCAAGUCAUCAACUACAGCUGCAGGUUCCCAAGGACGAUGAGGUUUUGGACAGCUGCUCCAUUAAUCCUUACUACAAUCAACCAGAUUAUCAUGAUGAGGAUCCAUAUCCUGACCUUACUCAUUCGUUGUUCGAUGAGGCAGAUGCUUAUGAUAAUGAGCUAGACCAGCUGGUCCUCAAGGGAGAUCCAAAUGCUUCUGUCAUAGAUCUGGUCAAAAACUCGAAAGAGCACUGCGGGGAGAAUUUCAGCCUGGAAGCGGAGAUUGAUCACGUUGCUGACUUGUAUAUCAUGACGUUCCACAAAAAGAUGCGAAUGCAAAAGCUCGAGUCUUUCAAGAGGUAUCAAGAAAUGCUGGAGAGAAGUGUCUAAUUUCUAACUUUACUUUUUCUUAACCAACAUUUUGGUAACUUCCUUGCCUCUGCAUGACUCCACCGAGUUCGAUUUUAUGCAUCUCAGGGAGCUCCAAAAUUUGCGUUCCCCUUGUUGAUCAACUUGUGCCCUCGGUCUUCCUUGUUUUAUAUAUCAAUUGUAUUCACUAGUCAAAGGGACUAUCAACUAUCAAGAGCACUCAAUUUUUAGUUACGAGUGUGACCAAUGAUCCAAUUUGAGUACCUUUACUAGACCUCAACAGAAAACUGAAGAGUACAGCAGCAAGUGAUUGAGAAACAUGAAUUUCAUUGGUUAA